AUGAAUUUAACUUUAAACUACGCAAACGCGUUGAAACAAUAUCAUCGAUUUGUCCUAUGUAUUAGAUAUUAAGUCUGUUAAAUAAUUGUAACAUAAAGUUGUUAACUUAAAUUUAUAUUAAAUCUAGAAAGAAAUGUCACUUUGCUUUGUGUUUGUUUAAUAUUAUAUAUUUAAUAAAACCAUUGCACCAUGUUGGUUACAAGUGCAAUCUCAAUAGGGAUUAAGUUCCGAACAGCAGUACUAACUCCAAGGUUAUGUACUUUAGUUAAAAUGUAUUCUACCUCAACUGGACCAUCAUCCGGAUCACCAUCCGGAUCAUCAUCUGGAUCAUCAUCUGGAUCAUCAUCCGGAUCAUCAUCCGAUUCAUCAUCUGAUUCAUCUGACUCUGAUUCUGAUACAGAAAAUCCAAAGAAAAUUGAACCAGUUAAAAGUGCUUCUUCAUCAGAAUUGGAUGAUCUUGUAGAUAACUUAAUAUUGAUGAAAGAUAAAAAAAGGAUAAAUGUUGCUAUGCCUCCAAGAAAAAUUAUUAAACAGAAUAAGCCACCUAUAAAUAAAAAUUUAUCAUAUGAAAAACAACUUUCACAAGCUGUCCAUAAUAUAACUAAUAAUCUCAGCGAAAAUAAAAAAGAAAUAAAGACACAAUUAUUAGAUAGGUUAACCACUAUACAUAAAGACAAUUCCAAAGUUCCUGAAAAUUUGAGUACGGAUAUAGAAAACAUCACAUUAAAUCGUAAGUCUUCAUUUUCUCAAGAAAGUGAAAAUAUUCGUAAUAAUAAGGAAUGGAAAUACAAAGCCGAUAUUGCACGUAAGUUAAAUUCUAAUUAUAAACCCGAGCAACAAGAAGCAAAGAAAGAGCCAAGUCAUAUUUGGGAAUUAAUGAAUAAUGAAAGAAACAAACAAUAUAAGGCUAAAAUGAAACAGAAAGAAACAAAAUAUGAAGUUGAUGAAAGUAGGAGAACAAUUUUUAAUGAAAUAAAAGAACCUACGACAACUAUACCAGAAUUAUCUACGUGGGCUUUCUUAGAAAAAAGAGAACUUGAUUUAAUUGUCAAUCAACCUCCCCAAAAUAUAUUUCAAGAAAUGAUACAAUGGACUGAAUCAGGAAAAUUAUGGAAAUUUCCUAUCGACAAUGAGAUUGGAAUGGAAAAAGAAAGUAACGUGCACUUCGCUGAACAUGUAUUUCUAGAACGUCAUUUAAAAGAUUGGUGUCCUACGACUGGCCCAAUACGUCAUUUUAUGGAACUUGUAUGUGUUGGUCUUUCAAAAAAUCCAUACAUGACUGUAAAAGAAAAAACUGAUCAUAUUGAAUGGUACAAAGAAUACUUCAAAGGAAAAAAAGAAAUAUUAUUAGAAUUAGGUGCUAUUCAAACAACAUCCGAUACAACGAAACAAAUAACAUCUUAAAUAGUAAUAAAUUGAUGUAUCUUUAUCAAAAAUUGAUAUUUUAUCUUUGUAUUAUAUAUGAUUUGUAUCUACGCAUCUAGAUUAUACGCAUAUUUUAUAUUCUACUUUUUUUUGUUAUUUAUUAAUAUAUUCAAAGUUAAGAUAUAAAAUAAAGAAAGUACGUCCAAA